UUAUCGUUUCAAACAAUACCUUGUACUGCGGUUAGGACAGGAAUGGUGCGCUCCACUGAAGGUCAAAAAUUUCUAAGCCUUUGCCUCAACAACCAAUGGAAGCCAUAUUACCCCCUAGGAAGCCCUGUUAAGGGUUGCUAUAACAACCGUAUUCCUGGUCUGAUUGGUCAUUGGCGCAUGAACGAGCAGACUGGAGACGAGGUGGCUGAUGACUCGGGUUAUGAGAACCACGGCUCGGCUGAUGUCCCAGUGCCUAAGUUAUCCAAGUUCACAUGUGGUCGCCAUUUUGACUCCAGUGGACUCAUCUCCGUCCCAAACUCCCCGGUAUUGAAUUUGGGGGUGUCAAGCUUCACCGUGACUGGAUGGAUAAAGAUUUUGGACGUCACCUACCCUCUGACAACCUUCGCUGUCCAGAAGGGUUAUGGCUGUUAUUUUCCCCCAGACCGUCCGGGCGCGAAAGCCGGUUGGGAAAUAGGACACGGUUACAAUGCCAAAGGACUUGACGUUUGUAUACGAGACAAAAAAUUCAGAAUGACCCGAAAGAAUAUCGAGUUUGACGAUGACUUUCAGCAACAUCAUCUUCUUGAUCAGUGGGUUCAUUAUGCAGUUGUCUUUGAUCGCCAACAGCAGAAGAAAGUCUUCCUUUACAUCAACGGCAAAAAGCAGUCCAAGUACCUCGACAUCUCAGCAGUACAAGGCAGCGUUGACAACACCAGACCUCUCAUAUUCGGUUACCUCUACGGCUGGAAAACUAAGGGAACUCUGGAUGAAUAUCGAGUUUACAACAAGGCUUUAGACGACUUCGAGGUGGGGACCAUCUUCAAGAACCACCUCGUGUAACAAGCACUAAAAAGUUUUGCAAAUGAGACAAACUGCCUCAGCGUGAUAUGUUGGCAGAAUAAAAAAAUUGAUGAUAGUGAUCUGAUUGUGAUGCAUCGAAUUGUUUAAUUCAAAUUAAUUUCGAAAUUUGCAUCAAAUUGUAGGAAAUAUACAGAAGGAUGAUUGUAGGGCUAAUUUCAAGAACUAUUUUAUUCCACGUUGUAUCGUGGAUGCUGCCUCUCCUCACUCUAAAUUCCCCUUCGUCUUCUUCUUCAUGAUCUCCUGUUUAGAUCCCAGCUGAUUCGUCUGAAACCAAAUUGUCUAUCACUUCUCUAGUUUCUUCACUCGAGCCGCACCUUCAAUAGGAUAUGCCAUACGCACAUUUUUUUGUGCGACUCCCUUACUUGCGUCACAAUCUCAAACGCACUUGCCAAUUUAACGGUGAAGUAACGACACCACCAACUUAUGAAGGGGUGGUUCUUGGUAAGGGAAGAAAAGACAGGGACUGAAUUUCAUUUUAACAGCUGCUCUACGAAACGCUUUUCCUAAAUAUUUCGGACAUGUUUCGCCAAAUUUUGUUGGAGCGGGAAUGGAAAAAGUGAAGACGUAAUUUGUUUUAAAUCAUGAAUUUUAAAAAGAAGAGGUUUUUUCCCCAUAAAAUUUGAGCCUCUACAUGGAGUACUUUUAAAUGGCGAAACAGUGCUCCAAAAUUUGAAUUAACAGUUUCUUUAAAAAGUUUUCCCUUUUUUCAUCAGUGGCUGAGCAGUUUCGCAUAUUUCUCGCAAACCGUUUAAAUUUUGUCUAUAGGUUUCUCUAGGCGCUGCAAAUCUUCAAAUUUUCGCUCUUUCCUACCUCCGCUGCUAAAUGUUUUUUGUGCCCGGCGACAGAAUUUCACCCAACUUCCAAGCCUAUUGCUAGAAGAAAAAAUAAAAUAUGACAUCACUUCGAUUGUGAUUCCCGUUAUUGCAACGGGCGACUGACUGAUAGACCACUUUAUAAAUAUCAAAAUAUUCGAAGCAGAGUGAUCCAAUCAGGAGAGAACUCGGAAAUGGGCUAUUCGUUACUCAACAGUCACUGGAAUUCACGGAAUUUAAGAAUUUACAUGUGUAAAUCGUCUCUUCAAUAAAAGACAUAACAUUCCGCUUAGCUGAGCGAAACGACUUUGAUGAAAUCGUUAAACUUUCUGAAGGAAUCUUUGAAGGACACGACUAUUUUCCUAUUUUCUCGUUAAUUGGGCCCCUUUCGAACCUUUCGGAUCCAAUAUCGAUCCUAUUUAGGAAUAUAGGAACGAACCAUUUGCUGACGAUACCAUUCCACGAUCAAUUUUUUUCGAACUUAUUUGCCGACAGUGAAAUUCUUAAACUGGCAAGCCUUGAUCUACUCAGAUGACCCCGCUCUUGAUGAAGCUCCUCUGUUGUGACAAUUCAAGCGUGCAUAAGAAUUUACCAGCAGCGAUUUUGUCCGUGUUUUUCCAUAACAAGUGUGAACUGAACUCACGAAAAAAAUGAUGGAGGAACAAAUGCUGCUGCAAGUUCAUCGACAUUUUAUAGGAGAAAGGAAAAGGUAUCUCUUUGUGAAGGAUUUUGCAAGCUGAUACCUUCCUUUUCUAAGUUUCGGAACACUUCAUUUUUUUACUUUGUAUUAAUGUUUUGUUUUUCUUGACCUGUAAGGGAAAAUGUCGAACAAAUCUCAAAGCACUAAGGGGACCAAGCUACGAGUCUGCGCAGAUAAUAAUAACUUUGUAUGAAUGCUUUGUUUUGGUUCAUGCCUUGUUAGUUAAUGGUUAUGUCUUAACAAAUGUGUCAAAUCUCUAUCAGCAGAUCAGUAUUUGUAUAGCUUCAAUCAAAGUGUCGCCAGUAAUCGGAUCUUUGUGUUUCCGCAAUGAGCAUGGACAAUUAGCAUAUAUGUUAACAUUGGAUUCAUCGUAACCGUUUGCUGCAUUAUUUUUCACUAAUCACUGUGUACAGUUGUAAUCGGACAGUUGGCUGUAAUUGGACACGUGUAAUCGGACAAUUGAAGUAGCCAAUCAUAAAUCAGCGAAAUCCACCAAUAAUUGAAUUAAUCACAAUAACCACAGCAACAACCACUGCAAAAUCCUGCAAAAAAAGGGGAAUUUCCAAAGUGGAGGAAUUUUUUGCUUGAGACAUUGUCUCUACCGGAGAUAUUUGUCCUAAAUGUAGUUUUUCUUUCCCUUUUUUCGGAAAUUGUAACGGUUGUGAUUAAUUUGUAACAAGACUUCGUGUCGUCCGAUUUUGUUAAUCAAUCGUACGAUUACAGACCAAAUUGGAAUCCACUUGGUUCUAUUACCAUUAUUAAUCAGCUAUGCUGGCUCUAAGCACUUCCGUCGGUCAAAGUCCAGUCUAUUCCAAUCGUUCAAAAUAUAUAGGCCGCCAGUUCAGCUUUAUCUGCACGAGUAAAACCUACAGCGAUAAUAGCAAUUAAAUAAAGAAAGGCUACGAGCCUGGAAAAUCGACAGGCGUUGCAGAUGGAAGAUCUCGCUGUUCGAAUGAAAAAGAGAGCAGUCAAGAGCUUAAAACAGAAAUUGCGAAAGCCCAAUCAGAAGAAUCUAUGUACAUCCACGCCGGAAAUACUAUUGAAGAUUCGGUGGUAUCAACACUGUAAUGAGUGGGUGUUGUCACUAUUAAACCAUGCUGGCUCCUCAAUACAAAGAAAUUCUCUCAAACUCUCCAAUUAAAUGAGAGAUUACACAAAUUUUAUUCUCAUUUUAUCGAUGCACGAAAUUACACAUGAAUAAAGAGGGUUAGUUAAAGUUAACUUUGAAACUCCUUACGGUGGCUAAUUUACAUUAUCAACUCAAUUGAUACAAUCAGAAUUAUCUAAGUAAUUACAAAAUUACAUCCAGUUAUUAGUAAUAUUUAAUAUCUGUCACUCAUAUAAAGCUUCGCUAACUCUGAAACUCCCAUGAGUGACCAAGAGAGAGUUUCUCCUUACUAUAUCAAUACAAUAUCAAGCAGACAAGUGCAAAAUGUCAAUUAGGGAAUUAAAAUUUGAUCCAAUAUCAAAUUAUCUGUGCUAACAUCAUAAGAAUUGAGUAGCAGGCAGUAAAAAGAAUUACAAAUGAGAUCUUGGGAGGUAAAGGGUUAAUUCCAAUAAACUGUAAAUAAAAACUUAAACUCAAAAUGUGGCUAUUAAAGAAUAUUGAAGGUAUCCUUUACAUAGAAAACAUAAAUAUAAACCUUUUCUUACAGAACUAGAGCGAUUUCCUUUUAACUUCUCAAUGACUGGUACAAAAAUCUGAGAUUUCAAGUCUGAACUAAUUGGAUGUAAAAACCGUUUUGAAGUACCAGGCUUGCCUGAGAUUUUCACCUUAACCAAGAGGCUCUGCCCCACCCUUCCCCAGUAAACUUCAUUCUUUUCACUUGAUUAUAUAGCCACAUUUGUCCUUUAAGUUGCCAUUUUACGAAUAUAUAUUUGAAAUACGGAAAUCUAACUUAUCAAUUUUUAUAGUUAUUAAAGUUUACUCAAAUAUCUGAAUACGAUUGUUGCCCAUAUCGGCGACAACAAUUGGCCCAGAAGCAAGAACAGCUAGAGAAAUUGGAUAACUGAAUUCUCCUAUAUUACCACCUCGAGUUCCAAUAUUACUGAAAAAACUUUCCAUUCAGUUCAAAUACUUGUAUUCUAUGAUUAUAUGAGUCACAUACCAUCAGGUGUCCUGAUUUGUUCACUGACAAACAUGUGGGAUAAUUAAACUCCCCAUUCCCUUCACCCUCCUUUCCAAACUUGUACUGAAGGUUUCCACUCCUGUCAUAAACUUUAAUACAAUGUUGAUAUUGGUCCGACACUAUGAGAUAUUUAUCGUACUGGACACAGUGGAUAGGGAAAGUAAAAGCGCCAUGUUCACCUAUCUUUAUUAGAAACGUGCCAUCAGAAGAAAAGAUCUUAAUCAUUUUGUUACCUGUAUCAGCAACAAUAACGUUUCCGUCGCUGUCUACCGAUAAACCUCAAGGAAAAUUGAGCUGAUUAUCAAGGUUUCCUUUCCCACCAAAACUGUCCACAUUCUGACCCUCCCCCGUAAAAAAUUUGGAUUCUGUGGUUAUCCGGGUUCGCCACAAAAAUAUUCCCAUUGUUAUGAGAUGCUAUUCCCCUCGGAUAGUUAAAUUCUCCGGCCUUUCUACUUUCCCUACAAAAUGAUCGUAAAUAAUCUCCAUUUCUGUCAAAAAUUUGAAUUCUGUGGUUGUGACAAUCCGUGGCAUUCACUGCUACCCCCCAAGGACAACGAAACAUUCCUACAGAACCUUCUUUUCCGAAAGACAACACAGCUGUAAACUGAAAUCGUUUUACCAUUAUGGUAAAAGGGCUGUUUUUAGCAUGUUAAAACUUCCUAAAUCUCUGGGAGAAUAGCUGAUGUGAUAGAGUCCAACUCUGCUGUCAACUAUUUGCUCUUCCGUCACGCAUUCUGGUCCUUGUUCGUUCAUGAUCUCCACCGUUGCGUGAUCAUCUUCAUUGUAACAUUGCCUUCCUUCUGCGUCUCUCGUAGUCAAGGUAAACUGCGCUAUUUGGUUAACAAAUCCUUCUUCGAGUCCUUCAACAACCAACUUGCUUGCUUUUGUUUGGUUUACUUUUCUUAAAGAUCCAAUUACUUCGCCUUCAACAAUGUUCAACGACUUCCUGUCUGGUCUAGAUAAAGUUGUGAGCCUUAAGCUUGAGCUAGCAGCUAUCGUUCAUGUGGGUGAACCUUUCGUCACAGCCAUUUACGUUUUAAAGGGAGAUGGCCCACUAGUCUUCUCGUGCAUCGAGAGAUUACAAACGGUUGCGAAUGCAUGUCAGGUGCCACAUUUCCGAAAUGUCCACGCAGUAGCUGUCGCUAUAGCGGCUGGAGAUCCCACAAAAAAUGUUGCAACAUUGGAACAGGAAACCAAAAGGAGUGUCGUGCCUGGAAUUCAGUGAUUUUUGCGAAAAUUCAAUGCAGAUUUGUACAACACGUUGAGCCCAUUCAAGGCUGCUAGAGUAAUGUGCCCGGGAGCUGUGCAAUCGCUGCGACCGACGCCAGCAACUGCACAAGGCUUACGAUUAUUUCCGUUUUUGGACAGUAACCAUGUAAUAAAACGGCUUAAUCACGGAACUGCCUAAAUAUGUUGCUGCGGCCCAUAACGUCACAAUUGCCUGGAGGACAAAGUGAAGUAGUGGCGACAGCACUCAGAUCGAUUGCCACAUUGGUCGUCUGCGGUCAUGAAAGUUUCUCCAAGUACAACCCUCAUCUGCUGCUGCAGAAAGAGUAUUCUCAAUAAUUAACUGCUCUUUUAACGACUCGCAAGACCAUGCUUUAGUAGAUUAUGUUCAGGCUGUGUUAUGCUUCAGUACAAUAAACGCUGAUAAGCGUGUUACUCUGCAUCCUUACUUUGACUUACGAAGCUCCAUUGAUUGAAAAAUGAUGAGCGGUGUGUUUAUCAAUUCUGAGGAACAAAUGCAGGGGAAACGUGUUACGACACAUUGUUUGAUAAUCGGUUUAUUAAAAUGAUGAGCUACAGUCACUAGAUAAGUAAUCAUUUGCUGUUUGUUUUGUGUUUACCCUGGUAAAGAUACCUUGCCUUUAUUUUGCUUAAAAAUCAAGUAGCAUAAUUUUGAUGCGAGGAACAUAAUUUAGAGAAACGAGCAUAACUCGGGCAUAAAUUUAAAAAAAUUUGAGCAGGGCUAGGAGCAUAAUAUGCCAGUUUUACGAGCACAAUCGACUCAAGCCUAGUCGACACUAGCGGCUAAACCCCAGAGAUUCGAGCAGGAGAACAAAGUGAUCGUGUGACAGCGGUGUUAGAGGCCCGGCUCGAGAACCUUUCCAGACCUCUCGCCCGCUCUCAUCCCUCGCCGUCUCGACAUCCGCCGGCCUCGCCGGUGAUUUUACAGCGCCAAUGAAAGUCUGCAAGCAGGCUUGACGGCUAUGCACUGAAAAUGGGAGCUUAAGUUUUUUCACUUUUUAAAAGUUGCUGUUUUCAGAGAGAAACAUACAUUUCCCAGCGUUGAUUAUCAAUAUCAACGUUCUCUUCAAAACGUUUAGAAGCAAAAUUUAGGGAACGGAAUAAAUUGAUUAUAAGGAAAAAAAAGUUGACCUGAUUUCUUUUCCUUGUCACUAUCUGAAGCUGACCGAGUAACAAUAAUAAUCACUUUUUUGUUUUUGUCAGUCAAGUUUUCAUUAAAGGGAGUAGUUUGUGGCGUACGCGCUGUUUUCAAGUCGGAGACUACGCUAAGAUGAGAUGGCCCAAGAAAGAAUUAAGGAGCACGAACGAGACAUCCGACUCGCCUGUAAGGAGAACUCCGCCGUUUCAGAACAUGCCGCCCACAACACCGGACACAAGCCACUCUGGAACGAAGUGAAAGUUAUUGAUCGUGACCCUUAUUACUACACACGCAGGGUCAAAAAGGCAAUUCACAUGACUUCACCCUAACAACAUCAACAGGGAUAGAGGAAUAGAAAUUCCAGAAGCGUAGAUGCCCACAAUCAAAAAAAAAGAACAACAAGAGAGCCGUGCCGCGGGAGCAAAUCACUGAGUGAAACAGCAAUGAUCGAAAAGCACCAAUCAGAGCUGUUGAAAAACAGCUUAUCACAAAAGAGCAUAUUGCUUUAGAAGAUCACGGAUGACCAGUCGACCUCAUCGCCUGAAGAAGACUAGCAGUAUGCAGGCGAAACGUUGCGAUCUACAUCACACGUGACUACAUCGUGAGACUACGAAAAAACUUAGCUUUUAUUGUUAUUCACCACGAUGGAUAACCACAACCUUUUUUUAAGAAUUUCUUUCCUUAUCGUCAAUUUAUUCUGUUUCUUAAUUUUGUCUGUGAGCGUCUUUGUAAGAAAGCGUGGAUAUCGAUAAUCAACGCUGAAAAUAUCAGGAGCCCAUUACUGGGAGCGUGAAAGUCCCAUACUGGACCUAUGUCACGGCGUUUUCACAAAACGGUUUAUUUUUAGACCAUCUUUUCGCGGGAAAUAGGCUACUCGAGCUCAGUUGGGUAAUACGAUCGAUGAAACGCGGAGAAAAAACAAAUGGCGGCCCUAUGCGGGGACGUCUUCAUAUCAAAACUACCCAAAUUCCGCCUUUUGCUGUAUUCCAGUAUUCCAGUCCUUCCUUUCCUUAUAUAUCUCACUUUCCUUUACAAAUUUUUCACACUUGCGCAAAAAUUCGCAGGAGUGUGGAUCAUCGUUGUAUUUUUAUUUGUAUAUAUAUAUAUAUGUGUGUGGGGAGUCCUAGUUCGCGGUAAAUUCAAACUAAAAAUAGACUCGUCUGUGAAAACACCGUGACAAAAAUACAGGGCAGUUGAAGGCUCCAAGUAAUGGGCUCCUGAAAUAUCUAUUCUGCAUUAUAAAUAUUUAAUCUAAAAAUGAAAACAUCAAUUCUCCAUUUUCAAUUUCCCAUUUUAUUUUCUCAUUCUCUAAUCUCUAUUCUUCACUCUCCGCUCUCCAUUUCACAUUUUUCAUUUUCCUUUUUCCACUCUCCAUUCUCGUUUUCCACUCUAAAUUUUUCAUUUUCCAUUUUCAUUCUCCAUUUUUAAUUUACCAUUUUCCAUUUUUUUAUUUCCUUUUCCCAUUCUCCAUUGUCCAUUCUCCACUCUCCAUUUUCCAUUUUCCAUUGUCCAUUGUCCAUUGUUCAUUUUCCAUUUUUUCAUUUCCUUUUUCCAUUCUCCAUUCUCCACUCAUCAUUUUCCAUUUUCCGUUUCCCUUUCUCCAUUCUUCACUCUCCACUCUCCCUUCCCUAUUCCCAACUCUUUCUCUCCAUUUACCCUUCUCCAUUAAAUAUUUAAAUUUUUUCAUUUUUUAUUUGCUUUUUCCAAUUCUACAUUUCUCAUUCCGAGUUCCUCAUUUUAUAUUUCCUAUUCCAUAUUUCCCAUUCCAUAGUCCACAGUCCGUAUUCCACAUUCCUGCCUUUAGUAACACACGAAACUUUCCCCGGCCACCGCCAAAACACUCGCAAACGUAGAUGGAAGCGGCAGUAUGUCUCGGGUUGAUUCGGGCUGAAACAUGAUUUAGGUGGCUCUAUGUAAAUCAUUUUUCAUUCACCAUUAAAAAACAAACAGCGAAAUAAAACCACGAUAACAAUAGCUAUCUAAGAACAUUUUAUUAAAUUGUGCAAGUUAAAAUUAUAAUAAGUCUUCGCAGCAUUCAAAUGAAGCAAGAGAUUAUUUUUCUUUUCUGUGUUUAAUGUUCUGAAUUCUUAAUGACACCUAAGGAAAAAAAAAAGACAAAAAAGGUAUGAAACAAAGAAGUCCGAUCAUCCAUCAGAAGAACGAUAUUUGAUGUGUCUGGAUUUUGAUUUUGAUAACUGCUUAUGCAUUAGAAAAGUUACCCAAAUAUAUUCCGUUAUAAUAAGUGUUUUUUACUUGAACUCUAUCGAAGUAAUAUCGAUUGCGUGCUUUUAAAAAACAUGACAGUCUAGAAGAUCCUUUUCGCUCCCAUUUCCAAAGAGAACAGUUAUCGCAAAAGAAAAAGGCCUUGUGAUCUUUCAUCACUAUUUUUUUUUUCGUUAUGUAAUCGCAAGGAAAGCUGGUAUCAUAAGGUAGUAAUAAACAUAUUCAGGCAUCGUUUGGAAUGCACAUGGUCUCUGGAGUUCACUUCCCUGUAAAACGAUUUACGGCAGGGUCUCCAAUCGAAAAUAAUUUAUUCACGGCAGGACGCACAAGUAAUAUCUUUUAUCUCACGUUAAUGUUUGUUCAUACAUCUACAAACACAUCAGUGCGACAGUUUGUCGUCUUUUUUCUUUUCCUAUAUUUAUUAUCUAUUAAAAAAGCGUCAACUUCUCAAUACUUAACAUUUGUUCAAUGCCUAAAAAUCUAUCAUGUUACUGUAAAAUUUGACACAAGUACAAAUAACAGUACUUUAGAUCAAAAGGAGUGAACCACCGUCGUUCUGUAAAGAACUUUAAGAGAGGCUUUCGAGAUGUGAAUAAUUAUACUGAUAUGACACAGUUUUGUAAUCGCGUGCCUUAUCUAGUAAUAUUUAUCACACAUUCACGUCGAUCAUUCGUUCGAAUUUUAUUGCGUCGCGCGUUUAAAUGGCUUUUCCAAACACAGAGGUCGCACUAACGUAAAAUAAUAAAAAAAUCUAAAGCCCUAACAGAAGACGACCUAAAGAUAAAUCCCACCGAAUCAAGUACUUUUUCCACAACUCCAUACCAUUAUUUCCACUUAACUAACUCAAAUUUUCAAGACGAGGAGAAAGGUUUUUCGACGAUGUCUUCCCUCAAAUGACGUCGCAUAUUCUGUUUGAAGCCCUUCCAAAUCACCUGUUAUAGCGAUAGUUUGCACGAAUUCAUCCACGCGUUCAUUUGUUGAUAUUUCAAACGCAAAAUUCUUCUCGAACAGCUGAGAGAUGAUAGAUAAUCCACAGAAUUUCUGAACAAACAUGGAUCCGCAGAAUUGAUCGUCGUUCAUCUAACUAUUUCCUUCAAAGUUUCGGUUAAAGAAGUACAUUUCCCAUUGAAGCCCACAAAUUUUUACAAGAGGAAGUCCUUUUGUUUAGAUGUCAUUUCUUUACUACGAUGCCUUCCUACGAAAUAAAUUUUCUGGGGCCAGAUUUCAUGCAUUACUUUGACGCUCCUGUAGUAAAUUUUGUUGUCUUUCCAAUCCAAUAUCCAUCUUACUUUGUAUUAAUUUUCAUCGUUUUGAUGCAAUCUAAAGGGUGCAAUGAAAAAUAAUGUCUUUGCAUAUUAAGUACAAUUUUGAUAUGUAAUCAAAGAUGGAGGAGUUUUUAACAAUCAUUUUUCCUACUCCACUAACUGAGGGCCUGGAAUUUUGCAAGCGCUUACUGGUACUCCCUCUAAGGAGAGAGGGGAGGUUUUGCAGAGGUAGCUCCCCUAGAAAGCUUUUGUAACCUCGGUUCUCAGAAAUGACACUUACUUCCUUCUGGGGUUGGAUUGCGAAUAACAAUUUCGGUUGUUCUGGUAGGGAAUAUGUUCCAUUUAGUUACAAUUGAAUGCCACUUAGUCUCAAACUACUCAAAAAAUGGUUUGACAUGGAAGUUAUUUUAAGAUUAUAUCGAAAAUCCAAGUUUGAAUCUAUAGGGCGUCACCUUUACUUACUUCAAUUCAAGUGCCCUUGAGAUCCGAUCUAAAUUUGGAAUUCUGGGUUUGUGGAUGAACGAGAACCAGAAAACCCGCUGAACAUGAACAGACAAACAAACAAACUUAAAGAAAGGGCGUGAACGAUCAACAAACUCAGCCUAAAUGAGGUAUCAACAAGAAUAGAAACCAGGUCAACGCUCUGAUAAGUGAAUAUUAUCACAAUUACACCAUGCUAGCUCCUAAAUAGAAAGAAACUCUCACAAACUCUGAAACAAUUAUUGAGAGAUAACAAAAAUUUUAUUCUCAUUUUAUCAAAAUAACUAAUUACAUAUGAAAAAACAUAGUUACAUCCAGUUAUCAUAAAUAUCGAAUAGCUAUACUCAUACAAAACUUCGCUAACCUUUUAACUCCCAUGAUUGAGCAAUAUUAAGCAGACAAGUGAUAAGAAUAAGAAACAUGUCAAUUAGGGAAUUAAUAGUUGAUCCAAUACCAAAUUCUCUGAGCUAACAUCAUAACAAUUGUGGGGCAGACAGUAAGGAGAAUUACUAAUGAGAUACUGAAAGUGAAAGGGUUAAUUCGAAUAAACUGUCAAUAAAAACUUAAACUCAAAAUGUCGCUAUUAAAGAAUAUUGAAAGUAUCCUUUACAUAGAAAAAAUUAAAAUAAACUUCUCCCUACAGAUCUAGAGCAAUUUUCAACUUAAUAUAUAUUUCCGAUGUUUCCUUUAACUACUCAAUGGCUGGUUAAAAAAUCUGAGAUUUCAAGUCUAAACCAACUCGAUGUAAAACCCUCUUGUAGUACUAGGCUUGUCAGAGAUUUCGCUGGUUCAGUAAUCUUAGACGUUGAUUCUUAACCUAGAGGCUCUGGUUUCAUUACUCUUCCUUGGUAAUUUCUCGUUCCAAUACCUAAAUUCGAUCUAAAUAACCAGUUUUUGUGAUAAUAAAAAAGAGGUUCUCUAAGCAUAUAAUAACGGUUUAUUUUUGCCACAGAAGUAAAUAUUCCUCUGGCUAACUAUCAGCUUGCUCGUAGGUGACUCACCCGGUUAAUGCUCGCCUACGAGCAGCCGGAAAGAGCUGAAAAGAUAGCUUUCCGUUUCGCUUCCAAGCCAGUUUCCGCAGAGCAGAGAGUGGAGGCCACAGCCAGAACACCAAAUUGCUACAAACUCUCUUGGCUCAACAUUAAUAAAUAGUUGGUUAAUCAACCUUUUCGACCUCAAAUUUCAAAGAGAAAUAUUAAAAUAUAAUGUCUAAAGUUGAACGUGUAUUAAGCGGUCACCCCACUAUUCCCCGAUGAACUUCAUUUUUUAACUUGUUUAUUUUACCAUUUGUCUUUUAAGUCACCAUUUCAAUAAUACAUAUCUGAAAUACGGAAAUCAAUUUUUUAUAUAGAUUAUAGUUUACUUAAAUAUCUGAAUACGAUCGUUGCCCCUAUCAGUGACAACAAUUUGCCCUGAAGCAAGAACCGCCAGAGACUGUGGAUAAUGGAAUUUUCCUAAAUUUCCACCUUUAGUUCCAAACUUAUUGAGAAACCCUCCAUUCAGUUCAAAUACUUGUACUCCACCAAUAAAGAGAUAAACUAGAAUAAAGUAGUCGAGGAGAGUAGGAUGUUCGAACGCGCACAAUUCAAAUCGGCCGAUACGUUUGUGCGCUUGUCUGUAUUUAAAUUAUGACCUUCAGCGACGUGUUAGAUGUGUUCCGUUCCUAACUCAUUGACAUCGAAACGUAUCGUGUUUGUCUUUUGCACGUAAGCGAGGAGAAAUUGCAAAACUCGAUGCGAGGAAUAAAAACUUACUUGAGAGAAAAUGAAACUUCAUGGGAAGAAAUAAGUGAUGAAAUGAAACUCGAUAGCAGUUGUAUUAAAACUAGAUGCGAGAAAUUGUCAAGUCGGUGCGAGAAAUUGUAAGCGUCGAUGGCCUGAAGCUUUCCUAAGGCAACUACAGUUGUUUCCCAAGGAGAGUUAACAGUUCGAACGAAUCGACUCACGAGUUUGUUUACUUAUCUGUAUGCAAAUUUCGACGUCUGUGAUGUUGUCAAGGGAACUUAUUCAAUAUUCGGUCGAAUUAUAUUACCCAGUUUCCCCGCGGCAAAAUAACAACAAACUUUAUUGAAUAUUAAAUCUAGAAGAGCAGCUCAUAUGUUGAUCAUGACUUUUGCGAACAAACUUAUCAGCCGAACAUCCCACUCUCCUCGACUAAUCUCUUUAUUGGUGGUUGGUGGCGAGAAGACUUCGCUUGGUGGCGAGUACGUUGGUGGCGAGAUCGUUCCUUGGUGGCGAGUUCGCUGGUGGCGAGUCUGCUUGGUGGCGAGGUAACUGGAUACCAAUCUGAUGUAUGACUGUAUACCUGAGAAUGACAACACUUGAAUGUUGUGCCGCUCAAUACCACUUUCCUGGCCAGGCUUUGUCUUUACUACGAUUCUGUCCCUUCCCUUCAUACUGUCUGGUCCAUACUCGGCUAAAACAGCAUUGCAAUUUUUAAGGCUCUCACACUCAUACGCAAACAUUCCCAGUGAACAUAGCAACUGCCCUGUAUUCCGCAGCUCGCAAUGAAGAGUGCAUAGGUUUACAUCACACAACUCUUCUUCAAGGAGAAACAGCAAGUCAUCCCUAACACCCUUCCAUCUAAAAUACUAGCAAAGGAGGAGUAAUAUCAAAAAUUACUGAAAGUUGACCUUUUAUUUUAUACCUAAACAUUAUCAAGCUUAGGUAUUUAUCAGUUUCUCCUGUGUAUACAAUGUAAUUACAAUUAUGCCAGAUUGUAAUUAUGCACAAUUACAAUCAAGCCAAUUCCUGGGAAGUUGUCUGCAGUUUCUCUAAGGACAAUAACGCUUAUAUCUAGAACCAUAGAAAUUUAAUGUAAGGCAUAAUGGAGAAGGCUAAACAGGGAUUAAUAAAAUACUUGUUUACUGAAAAUAAUUUUGUAAUCAAAAUUUAAUACACAGAUGCAUGUCUAAAGUCUGAGGUGUGUACAAAAAAAUUAAUCACAUAACCAAAAACACAUAAAUAACAUACAGCUGCCCUUGUAAAAUGAUUGCAUUAAAAAAUUAAAUGGGCUUACUGACCCUCCAACAUUUGCCUUGCUCUUGAUAAAGCAUUCUGCACAGGAUUCACCACGUUCAACCCCUGGACAUGCACAUCCCUGCAAUAAAAUAGAGAACGAUAUUUUAUUGUUUACCAGAUAGUGACAGCUUGCAACAAGACAAGACAAAAAUUCAAGGGGUAUCACUAAGGUGUGUUUGCUAGGUAACAGGACUGUUUUACAGGUCGUCAUCAAGGAACCACAAAACAAGGAAACCAAGGAUUACGGUUAACAACGAUUUAUAAACGAUCAUAAAAUAUCGGUCCCACUCGUGCCAAAGAUUAUGAAUCAAGACAACAAACAAGGCAAACAAUGGACAAUAUGUCAAAAUCUUAUGGAAAAUGUGAGGUGACACUAAAGGAUCUGAUUACAAACCAAUAGGAAAACAGAAAAAACAUUGUAACUACGUCCAUAAAUAGGUACACAAUCAAAGUAAUUGAUAAUUGAUCGGAUUGAAAUUGAAUCCUUUGUCUAUAAUAGUAUCCUUAACAAGCUUGAUACAAUUAAAAACUGUGAAGAAGAAGUUGAAGUUGAGUAUGAAUUUUAAUUACCCAUUUACCAAAACUUACAGUGAAAACACUAUUAUAAAAUGACUUGUGCACAUCCAGUGACAUAGGAACUACAUUUAAUGGCUACUUCUGUGAUAACUUACCCGUAUAACUUUACAGAACACACAGCACUCUGUGUCCAACCCUCUCUGACAUAGACCUUCCAUUUCUUCAUCUGACUCAUUAUUUUCACUCUUUCGUUUGAUAAGUAUUAUCAAUGCCUUGUAAUCAAGCAUAACUGUCAUAAAAAAACAAGAUGAAUAAUUAAAUUUUCUUGAAUGUCACAUCCCGACAUUAACAAAUAUGAUUUUAAUGUCCAUUAACAGGCUUCUUCUGGGAUCACAUCCCAAAAUGCCUUUUAUUUUAAUUAAUCAGUCUGUAUUUGCUGUCAUCAGCAUUUCUACAGCCUGACUUAGAAAUGCAGAUGGUUACAAUCUUUAGGAACACAUCCAAGAAGAGAAUGAGGAAAUUGAUUCUUAAGUCUUGUUUUUUUUAAGGUGAUGGAGUCAGUAAUUUAGCAGUAGGUAAAGGGCCAUUCAAGCCUAUAGUGGCCCAUCAGGCUUUGUAGCCUUACCUUGGAUUCAGGAGCAUAAAGUGACAAGAGUAUUUCUAUGCGCACCUGGAUGGGGCGCUAGCCCAUCAAAGGGUUGUACAUGCCAGGAUUAAGUUCACUGGUACUUUUUCAAUCCCCUGAGCUCAGACACUGUGAGUAUUGCCUAUGAAUACAACACAAUUACUCUGGCCAGGACUUGAAACCCAGAUCACUAGAUCUCAAGUUCAGUACACUCACCACUGAUAAUUACAAUGCAGAUCACUAUGUCUCCCUUAUUAAGUAAGGUAAGGUCUGGGUUUGGGCCCAGAAGUCACCCACCAGCGUCGAAGCUUAUCCAGAUUUCAGUAGCACUAAGGGACUAGGAGUAUUUCUACUUCACCCUGGAUGGGAUGCUAGUCAAUAAAAGGGUUAUCCCUGCCCAGCAUUAAAUUUGCCAAUUGAUACACAUUCAUAUACAUUUAUAUUAUUUGUGGGUGGAGAGAAGCACUGUGAAAGUUGAAUGUCUUGCCCAGGAACACAACACAAUGGCCUCUGCUAGGGUCUCAACCCGGACUGCUUGAUCUGGAGUCCAGUGCUCACGUGAAACAUUAGGCACUUACAAAUUCAGCAGAUGGAGGUAUUCUACAAUAUUAUUAUUAUACUAUAUGUUUUAAUAGCAAACAGAAGAAAGAAAUACAUGUAAUUCUGAAAAUAAAUAUAACUUCAAUAUAUAAAGGAACUCCAGAAAUAAGCUGGAUAUUUUCCCUUGGCCCUACAGUGGCCUAGGAAAGUAUAUUUAAUCACCUUUAAAUUUGACUUUAAAGUGUCUUCCAUGAAUAGUUAUUCCAUUUUUCUUGAUGGCAUUUUUUGGGCAAUGAUUUCCUUUAUUAGGGCUUCAACAUUGAUCCUACAGAAAAAAAAAACCAGUUUAAACUCAUUUAAUUGAACUCCUAACUUAAUGAUGGGCAUUGAAUUAUGAAAUCAUAAUAGUGCAUUUAGCAGUCUGCUAAAUGCAUUUCUUAAAGUGAUAUUUUAGCCAUUGAAGACCUAAAUAUUAUUAUUAUCACCUGUUUUCCUCACAAUUUGCAAUUGCUAUAGGGUAGACACUUUUACAGCUCUCACUUGAUGCAUGACUGACAUUGAUAGGAACCACACCUAUCAUGACUUGCUGCCUACCUGUAGAAGGAUGCAAGAACAGGAAUAUUAUCUGACACUAUGAUUACUUAUUAUUACUUGUCCUUAACAGGACAUGUAAGAACAAAUGAAAAAUACGCCAUUGGAGGUUGUGCACAACGGUGUUAAUGUAAUCACCGAACGCUCCCCUGUUGAAAUCACAAAUCGAAAGCGAUGAUAGCUACUGAGGCUACUGAUGAUAGCUACGGAUCAUGACGUCACACCAUAGCAACCAAACCCCACGAAACGUAAAACCACACAGGGGAGUCUGUGUAGGCCUGUCUAUGACCUUUUCAAUCGUGGUUACCCAAAAAGCCUAAUUGAAAAAACGUUAUCUGAGGUCUCGUUUGCCGCAAGGCAGUCGACACUUAAAAAACAAACCAAAAAAACUAAAAGCAAAAUAUUGCCUUUUGUGACAGCAUACCACCCAGGGGUUAAAAAUUUACAACAAAUACUGAUGCAAGAAUGGAACCUCAUCCAAAAUCAGCCACUGCUGAAAACAAUUUACAAAACGCCUCCGAUUAUAUCAUACAAAAGAGGUAAAUCGCUCAAAGACAUACUCGUCAGAGCGAAGCUUUAAUUAAAGGCUUUUGCGUCGCAAACGUAAAACCACACAGGGAAUCUGUGUAGGCCUGUCUAUGACCUUUUCAACCUCAUCCAAAAUCAGCCACUGCUGAAAACAAUUUACAAAACGCCUCCGAUUAUAUCAUACAAAAGAGGUAAAUCGCUCAAAGACAUACUCGUCAGAGCGAAACUUUAAUUAAAGGCUUUUGCGUCGCAAACGUAAAACCACACUGGGGAGUCUGUGUAGGCCUGUCUAUGACCUUUUCAAUUUAACAUCCGGUUUGCCUGGCUCGUCAUGGCAACAAAAUUGCGAACGUGAGAUAAAGUUUUUAAACGAUCUCUUAUAAGUAGUCCGAUUCGUUUGAAGUUGAGUCUUUUUCACAAUGAGAAGAUUCUGUGUCGCUGUGAUUUUUUUAAUCUCCUUUUUCUACGGAAUACUGCGAAGUGUAGCUGGUGAAGAUUUUUGUUCUAACGAGGUAAAAUUUGAUUUUACAAUUAUGUUGACAAUUUUUAGUAAGAAAGCUUCAAGUUCUCUAACAGAGGACAGUGAUUAUCUGAGUAAUUCUCUUUUUCUACCGCAAUGAUGUAUUGCCGUGGCCUUGAACAGGCUCUAAGCUUAAGAGAGUGUCUCAGUAAGAGCGGUCCGGUCGAUUUUGCUUGAGACACGGAUUUCGCUCGUUUCUCGUGUGUUGUAAGACAUUCAUGUACCUAUACUAAAACCACAAUCAGUUUGAUCGGAUCUCUUUAUUUUUCAGACUUUUACGGAAAUUAAAUUUCACUCGAGCGAA